AUGACAUUUUGGGGUGUUUUGUUAUGCUGCCUUCUGACGCCGGCUGCCGGGCACCAGACACGGGAGAGACUGCCUUUCUUUCACGGGCAUGUGUUUGAGAACUCCCCGCCGGCUUCCAAAGUAAACGGACUCGGCAUCCCGGUGAGGCGCAUCGACGCGCAAAAAUGGUGCCCGGUGUCCGGGUUGCACUUCAAACUGUACGGGAACGGCAGCGACGAUUUCCGCGCCUUCGCUCACCACAAGCGGGGGAAUAUAAUGCUGAAAACUUCCCGGGUUCUAGACCGAGAGGCUCGCUCCGAAUACCUGCUGCGCCUCGGGCUGUGUUGCCAGACGUGCGCGUCGGACUCCGCGGUCUUCGAGGUCGCGUCGGUAAAAGUGGACGUGUUGGACACCAACGACCACGAGCCGAGCUUUCGCGGCGCAGACGCCGUCUACCUAACUUUAGACGACACCACGGCUCUGCGCAGCGCGGUGUACCGGCUGCAGGCGGUCGACGCAGACAGCGGCAACAACGCAGAGUUGACAUACAUCUCCGUGCCCAAAAACGGCAGUUUUUACGUUGUCCCGAAAACCGGGGAAGUUUUGCUCGUCGACUCUAUUCUGGGGCUCCCCUCUAAAGUCACCUUCUAUGUGUUUGCCCGUGAUCACGGGUGGCCCCCUCUGACCAGCAAGGGUGUCGUGGUCACCGUUGCGCCACAGCGAUGGGUGACGUGUCCCGCGCAACUCGCGGGGUCAGCGAGGGGCGCGCGCUCGCCGAGGGCUUUACUUGACCCCGGCUCUCCGGUGGUGUCCCUCAACGUGUCCGAAGAUGCGAGCAUCGGCUCAGUCAUCACGAGCCUGAGUCCCGCCAGGUUUCCGUCCGCCGCCUACGAGCUGGUUCACCCGGAGAGCUCUCCGGUCACCGUGGGCCGCGACAGUGGAGAUAUCACGAUAAGCAGGAAGCUGGAUAGGGAGACGGAGCCUUUCCUGGAGCUCACUGUUAAGAUUCAGGAUAAACGAGGCCCAGACUGGUACCUCAACCAGGUGAAGCUGAAGAUCACGGAUGUCAAUGACAACGUCCCUGAGUGGAAUAUGAAGCCGUACCCUUACCUCGCCGUAGUGGCCCCGGAGGGCCCCGCCAGAACGUUUGUCUACCAGCUCCAUGCACGAGAUGGAGAUGAGGCCAAAAGCGGAGAGGUGGAAUACUUUCUGUCUGACGGUGGUGACGGCUGCUUCGCAGUGGACAAGAAGAGCGGCCAGGUGGUGACCACAGGGCUGGUGCUUCAGAGGGACAGAGAGUACUUGUUAAGCGUUGUAGCCCUCGACGGCCUGGGCAGCCGCAGCGCCCCCGCCAUGCUCUCUGUGGUGGCGGGAGCCAGAGCGCCGCAGUUCACCAAUGCCAGCUACGUCAUCUCCAUACCAGAGAACACGCCGGAAGGACAGCUCUUCGUGGUGGUGUUUGCCAUUUCCUUCCAGCGGCAGCCGAUCGGCUACAGCCUUCUGAUCAAUCCCAGCAGCCUUUUCAGCAUCAGACAGGAGACGGGGGAGAUCAGUCUGACCAGGACGCUGGACUACGAGAGUGAUCAGCGGCGCUACCUGCUGAUGGUGCGAGCUAGCGAAGAGCCCGGCAGCCUCAGCACCGCCACAGAGGUUCAGGUGUUGAUAACGGAUGAGAAUGAUUGUGUCCCAGAGUUCCUCCAAUCCAUCUACAGUGUGGAUGGAGUCCCUGAGACUGUAACCACGGCAACAUCUCUGCUGCAGGUGUUGGCCACGGACUGUGACUCGGGGUUGAACGCCGAGCUCACCUAUUACACCCUGAGCCCGGACUUCAGCAUCUCACCCCACGGGACCGUUUUCCCUGCUGGCCGGCUGGACUACGAGAGACAGAACCAUCUGUAUGAAUUUGUGGUGAUGGCGAUGGACACCGGGGACGAGCCUCACUCGGGCACCGCCACGGUCCGCGUGAGGAUGGCAAACAUCAACGAUGAGGCCCCGGAGUUCUCCCAGCCUGUAUAUCGGACGUUUGUGUCCGAGGACGCGGGGCCCAACACCCUCGUCGCCACGGUUCUAGCCAAAGACCCAGAUGGCGAUGGCAUCAUCUACUCCAUAACGGCGGGAAACGAGGAAGGAAACUUCGUCAUCGACAGCCAGAAAGGGUUGAUUCGUCUCCGCUCCACUCCCCUGCCCAAGCUUCAAGGCCUGGAGUACGUCCUGAAUGUAACGGCCACAGACGACAAUGCAUCAGGCGGCCCGCACCCUCUCGUCUCCGCCGCACGGGUCAUCGUCGGAGUCGACGAUGUCAACAACAACAAACCUGUAUUUGGGGAGUGCCAGCAAUACCGUGAGCAGGCUUCAGUGCUGGAGAACCAGCCAGCGGGGACUUUUGUGUUGCAAGUGCAUGCGGUGGAUGCAGAUGAGGGAGCAAAUGGAAAAGUCAAAUAUGGCUUAAUGCACCGAGACAGCACCAUGCCUGCCUUCAGAAUUCACCCGGAGACAGGAGUGAUUUCGACAGCCAGACGGUUCGACAGGGAGCGGCAGAGAGAGUAUUCAAUUACAGUAACGGCCACUGAUUGGGCGGAGGAGCCGCUCAUCGGCAUCUGUCAGCUCACGGUCCAAAUACUGGACCAGAAUGAUAACAACCCCAAGUUUGAGAAUUUGCGCUAUGAGUACUUCCUGAGAGAAGACACUUUGGUCGGCACCAGUUUCCUUCGCGUGGCAGCUCACGAUGACGACUUUGGGACUAAUGCAGCGAUCACUUACUCCAUGUCUCCGGAGCAGCCCGAGUACCUGCAGGUCAACCCUGUCACUGGAUGGGUCUACGUUAACCAGCCGAUAUCACAGAGAACCUAUAUCAUGCGGGACAUCAUGGCGACCGAUGGGGGGGAACGAAACACCUCUGUGGAGCUGGCGGUCACCAUCACCAACGUGAAGAACCAGCCUCCACAGUGGGAGAAGGAGAGCUACAGUGUCGUCAUCCCUGAAAACGCCGCCAGGGACACACCGAUAGCGACCAUCAAGGCGACCUCUCAGCUGGGUGAUCCGAGGGUGACCUAUAACCUGGAGGAUGGCACGGUCCCCGAAACCAAUAUGCCGGUUCGUUUCUACCUCUCGCCCAACCGCGAGGACAGCUCAGCGUCCAUUCUGGUGUCCGAGCCGCUGGACUACGAGACCACGCCCGUCUUCUCUCUUCGGGUUCGAGCGCAGAAUGUGGCCGCGGUGCCUCUUGCCGCUUUCACGACAGUUUAUGUCAAUGUUACAGAUGUCAAUGACAAUGUGCCAUUUUUCACAUCCUCCAUCUACGAGUCCUCAGUCACAGAAGGAGCCCAGAUAGGGUCUUUGGUUCUCCAGGUGUCUGCCCACGACAAAGACCUAGGUCUUAAUGGAGAGAUCACUUACUCUCUUCUGAGUGACAGCAGUGGUGACCACCAUCUGUUCCGGAUAGACCCAAAACUUGGCAUCAUCUACACGGAAGCUGUGUUUGAUCGUGAGGCCCGCAGCUCCUAUUUGCUGGAGGUUCAGUCAGAAGAUGGCGAGGAAUCGGCGCGACCUGGCAAAAACAAACAACCCAAUUCAGACACAGCGUAUGUGAGGGUUUUCAUCAGCGACGUCAACGACAACAAACCGGGCUUUGCUCAGCGACUGUAUGAAGUCGGUGUCGACGAGAAUGCCGACGUGGGCCUGGCUGUUGUCACCGUUAGUGCUAAUGACGAGGAUGAAGGAGCCAAUUCCAAGCUGCGCUACCAGAUUACAUCCGGCAACAAAGGUGGCGUUUUCGACAUCGAGCCCGAGGUGGGGACGAUCUUCAUUGCGCAACCACUGGACUACGAGCAGCAGAAGAGAUACAAGCUGCUCGUCCUCGCCUCCGACGGGAAGUGGGAGGACUAUGCGGCAGUGGUGGUUACUGUGGUUAACAAGAACGACGAGGCACCCGUGUUCUCCAUGAAUGAGUAUUAUGGAUCCAUCACAGAGGAGCUUGAUGGCUCACCUGUGUUCGUGCUACAGGUGACGGCUACUGACCCAGACAAAGAUGCAGACCAGGGCGCCAUACGGUAUUCCAUUCAUGGCCAGGGGGCCGAGUCACAUUUCAUGAUCAACGACAUCACGGGGGAAAUGUAUGCCCAGCGCACCAUGGACCGAGAGGAGCGUGCUGUCUGGCGUUUUGUUGUCAUGGCAACGGACGAAGAGGGCGAAGGACUCACUGGCUUUACGGACGUUAUCAUUAACGUGUGGGACAUCAAUGACAAUGCCCCCGUCUUCACGUGUGCACCUGAUCAUUGCCACAGCAGCGUGGCGGAGAACUCGCCUCCCGGGACAUUCGUUGUGGAAAUGACGGCGGUCGACCUCGACGAUGCCGCCGUCGGUCAGAACGCGAUCCUCACAUACUGGAUUACAGAGAAUGUGCACAGGGCAAACAACGAAGACCUUUUCACGAUUGACUCCAGCACCGGCACUGUGUCCGUGGCAGCCGAGGGUCUCGACCGAGAGUUCGCCGACACCCACCGGCUGGUAGUGGAGGCCCGGGACGGCGGGGGUAUGAUAGGCACGGCUACGGCCACUGUAUCCGUGACAGACAUCAACGACCACGUGCCCAAGUUCAGAAAGGACCGCUGUGGCGCUCGUGUGCCUGAGAGCGCGAAUGAAGACGCUCCGAUCCUGGAGUUGAGCGCCGUGGACCCUGACGCAGGCACGUAUGGCCAGCUGGCCUUCAGCGUGGUGGCAGGAGACGCGGAGCAACGCUUCUACAUGGUGAGCCACAGACUGGGGCAGACGGGCACUCUGAGACUGAAGAAGAAGCUGGAUUUUGAGAAGCCAGCGGAGCAGCGGUUCAACCUCACCAUCAAGGUGGAGGACUCUGACUUCUCCAGCCUCGUCCACUGUCAAGUUCUGGUCGAGGAUGUGAACGACAAUGCUCCGGUGUUCGCCCCGAGCUCCCAUCGGCUCGCCCCUUUGCCCGAGGACGUACCAGUAGGAACCAGCAUCAUUCAAGUGGUGGCCAGCGACUCUGACUCGGGACUGAACGGAGACAUCUUGUACAGCAUUUCCCCUCAAUCUGACCCACGUGGACAUUUUACAGUCAGCCGAGCCGGCGCGGUCACAGUUGCUUGGCCGCUGGAUAGGGAGACGGUGGCGAGCUAUGAUGUGGUUGUCAUAGCGACAGAUCGGGGUACCCCGGCACUGACCGGCAGUGUCACGGUCCACUUGCCGCUGCUCGACAUGAAUGACAACGGGCCAGAGCUGGAGACCGCCUACACGCCUGUGCUGUGGGAGAACAGUCCAGCGCCUCAAGUGGUCUGGCUCAACCGGACCUCCACUCUGCUCCACGUCGUGGACAGAGACUCCUCGGAGCACGGGCCGCCGUUUUCUCUCUCCCUGCCCUCACUCUACUCCAUCCACUUCCACCUGCAGGACCACGGGAACGGCUCCGCCACGCUCACUGCCCUGCGGAGAUUCGACAGGGAAAGGCAGAGCGAGUUCCACCUGCCGGUGAUUAUGAUUGACGGCGGCGAUCCGCCAAUGACAGCCACUAACACUCUUACUAUCACCAUUGGCGACCAGAAUGAUAACGCCCAUCAGCCAGGAGAGAAGGAUGUCUAUGUGCAUACCCGCAAGGGAAGGAUAGCAAAUGCGUCACUGGGGAAGGUAUAUGCCCCAGAUCCUGAUGACUGGGACAACAAGACCUACACUCUGGAGACAAGCGCUGCUAAAUACUUCAGUCUGAACCAGAGCUCAGGAGAGAUGACCAUCAAGCCCAACACUCCAGCUGGCAGCUACUGGCUGAGGGUCGGCGUGUCUGAUGGGGUGUGGCCCGACGUGAUCUCAGGGGUCAGAGUUCAUGUCAGGGAGCUGGAGGAAAAGUCCAUCUUGUCGUCCGCCUCGCUGCGUCUGACCGGCAUAACAGCGAGAGAAUUUAUCGACUCUCACGUCGAGGGGAAGAGUCGGCUGGAGACGUUCUGGGACUUCCUGUCUGAAACCUUGUCUGUCAGAAAGGGGUGCGUCAACAUUUUCAGCAUAGCAGACAGGGAGGAGAGAACCGUGGACAUCCAUUUCUAUGUGCUCACCGAUACCGGCUACCUGCGCCCGGAGAAGCUGCAUUCUGUCCUCACCGCACAUAAAAAGAAGCUGCAGUCGCUGCUGCGUGCCAAUGUGAGCCAAGUGCAGGUAGACGAGUGUGUGCGCACCGACUGCAAGACCACCGGCGGCUGCUCCACGCAGCUCAGCAUCGCUGACACGCCCACCCUGGUAGACUCAGGCGCCUUAUCCCUGGUGUCAGUGAAGGUGACGCCCUCGGCUGUGUGUGGCUGCGCUGCCAGGGAAACGACCCACCUGCCCUGCUUCUCUUACCCCAUUAGCCCCUGCCUUAACGGGGGGACGUGCGUGGACACCCAGAGUGGAUACAGGUGCCACUGCCCCCCGCAGCUCGAGGGGCCAGAAUGUCAGCAGACGAGGCUUAGUUUCCUUGGCAACGGCUAUGCCUGGUUUCCCCCCAUAAGGCCGUGCUUUGAUAGCCAUCUUUCACUGGAGUUCAUGACGGAGAGAGACGAUGGACUGCUACUGUACGCGGGCCCGUCGGCCACUCUGCUGCCCGGGGACAGCGAGGACUACAUGGCUAUAGAAUUGAUUGGCGGGACACCGAGUCUGAAAAUUAAUCACGGUUCUGGGACCCUGGUCCUCCAGUUGACAAAUAACGUCGGGGUGACUGACAGACGUUGGCAUCGCCUUGAUGUGAAGAGCAACAGUAAAGAAGUGCGCUUCACUCUCGAUCGAUGUUCCAGUGCAAUUAUCAUGGAGACAGAAGGCGUGGACUCAUGGGCAGUGACAGAGGACCGCUCAUCCUGUGAAAUCCGCGGGGUCACACCCAACCGAGACAAGUAUCUGAAUGGAAGUCAAAUAUUGCAGCUUGGAGGGGUCAACAAUAACAUAUCCUAUGAAUACCCACAGCUGCAGCACAAACAUUUCACUGGAUGCUUAAGGAACCUCCUUGUGGACAGCAAGCUGUAUGACCUUGGGUCCCCGGCUGAAUCCUCCAACACCGUGGCCGGCUGCUCUCUUAUUGAUGACCACUGCAACAGCAUGGAGCGACUGUCCUCCUGCGGCAAGAGGGGGCGCUGUCUUGGCGAGUGGGGCCCUUCCAGCUGCCUGUGUGAACCGGGCUUCACCGGGCCUCAGUGUGACCAAGCGGCUCCAGAGUUCUCCUUCGACGGCCGGAGUCACAUGCAGUUCCAGCUCUUGUGGUCGUUGCCCGCGCGGGAGAUGAGGGUCCAGGUCGGGGUUCGGACGCACGCCACGGUCGGUGUCAUCCUCGGCCUGCUGUCCCAGAAACAGAAUGAAUACCUACGUUUAGAGGUUAUUCAGGGUCUGCUUGCUGUUUUCUACAACCUCGGCGAUGGAGACUACAACCUCACGCUGCCCUACCACCGCCUCGGCGAUGGGGAGUGGCACGAGGUGGAGCUGGAUCGGUACGGCAGAGAGUUCACGCUGCGACUGGACGGAGGUGGAGGACGCCGAGAGGUCACGGCCUCACUUGGUCGGAGUCAGGAGAUCAUUAUUGACCCCUCCGUGGUGAUGCUCGGAAACUCUUUUCCCUCGGGACACAACCAAAGCUUCCUCGGUUGUUUGCGAGAUGUGAGGUUUAACGGCCGCUCCAUCCCUCUGGGGCGGGAGCCGCCCACAGAGGGGCUUCAGGUGGUCACGUCGCAGGGCGUCUCUGUCGGCUGCUUUUCAGAAGCCUGCAGGAAACAUCACUGCUCCCCCCCCUUGGUCUGCGUGGACCUCUGGAGACACUACGAGUGCAGGUGCCCUCAGGGCCACAUGACCAGAGAGAGCUCCCUGGGCACGGCGUGCGUGUACACGCUGUGCGCCAGCCGCCCGUGUCGCCACGGCACCUGCGUGGCUCACUCUCCAUCCCGCUACACCUGCCGCUGCAGCGAGGGCUACCGGGGACGCCACUGCGAGGUGACGCUCGCCAUGUUCCACAACGAGGACGGCAACAGCCUCAGCCUCAGCUCCAUGUUCGCCAUCAGCAUAUGUGUCUUGGCCUUUCUAGUGUUGAUGCUGGGCCUGUUCCUCUACUCCUGCUGGAGGAGGCACAAGGGCCUGAAGGAGGGGGUAUACCAUGUGUCGGCGCACCACGGCGAGUGGGAGGACAUCCGGGAAAACGUGCUCAACUACGACGAGGAAGGUGGAGGGGAGCAGGACCAGAACGCCUUCAAUAUGGCGGAGCUGCAGCGCUCUCUCCAUCCCAGCCCGGCGCAGUCCCUCCGGUACAGCUACCCACAAAGCGUCGUCUCCCACCCGCAGACCAAGCUUCCCCAGGACAUCAUUAAGAAGGGGGUGUCUCAUGGGAACGGCAGCGCGGCCAUCGCUCUGCGUCUGGCCAUUCCCCCGUCGGAGACCGAAACCCUGCCGUCCCCUCUGACCUUCCGGCGCUCCCAGAAAGCCCUCUCCUUCUCCAGCCAGGACUUGGCCCGCUACCUGUGUGAGGUCAUCCGGGACAUGGAGCACCCGGGGGAGCUCGGCACCAUGACCACACCGCGACGUCCCUCCCUCAGUACAUCUCAGGGGUCAGAGGUCAGGCUUCAGGCGGCCGCCCAGAGCACCCGGCUGGACAGGUUCAAAACGCUCCGGGCUGUGGUUAGCGAUUUGAGAGGAGACUCCAAGAGUCCAGAGGGCCCGAAAGACAAACUGAAGGAAAGCAGAGGGCAGCUGAACUGUGAGAAGAGCGGCUGAGGCUGCACCCGGAAAGACGCAACUGAAGGUUGCAGACGAGCAGCACAAAUCAGAAGGCGUUGGUGCAAUUCCAAAGGGAGAUCAUUAAAUGUGAAGUUCUCUGAGACUGGGAGGUUGCCCAGGGUCUAUGUGAAGUCUACUAUAAAUGUACUGUAUUGAUGAAACUUUGAACAUUUAAGUUCUUUGAUAUAAAACAUGUUUACCAAUGAAUGAUCAGAUGUGAUGUAUUGUUUACUUGGCAUUGCACUGUACAGUAUUUACUCCACAGAAAGCACUUUUCCAGAGCGACCUGUGUCAAAACUAUUCAUGUCAUACAGCUCAUGAGAGUAAUGUCUGCAAGCAAGACAGCACAUGAGCAUCCCGAGAGAGAGAGAGAGAGAGAGA